UAUAAAACCAGAUCGGAAGCCCCAUUUCCUAGACCUAAAGCCAACCCCACCUUCAAAGCGUCAGAGAGACAGAGAAGGUCAAAAACUCUCUGCGUAAGGGUCCAGUACCUUUCCAUGGCGGCCAAUAGGAGUUUCUACGCUCGUCCAAGCUACCGUUUCCUCCCCAGUUACCGAGAGCACCACAAUCCUCUCAUAGCUCACGACUCGGUAUUCGAAAUAGACGACUCCGACAUCUACGACUCGCCCGAGUUUCUCAUGCCCUCCCCAGCAGCCUCGCGCAUCUCGAAGAAGCCAUCCUCCAAGCCUUCGCGAGCCAGUUCCGCCGACCUCACCGUCGUCGCCAGCACGAUCCCGUCCUCGCUUCCGGUGAACAUUCCGGACUGGUCGAAGAUCCUGAGGGGCGAAUACACAGAGAAUCACCGCGAGGAGGGCGUUGACUAUGACGACGCCGACGGCGAAGAAGUCGAGGAGUUCGAGAAAGAGGUGAGGGUGCCGCCGCAUGAGUUUUUGGCGAGGACGAGGAUCGCAUCCUUCUCGGUGCACGAAGGGAUGGGGAGGACUCUGAAAGGGAGGGAUCUCAGUCGGGUCCGAAACGCGAUUUGGGAAAAAACGGGCUUCCAAGAUUAGAAGCCGCGAAAGCAGAAUAUCUGUGAGAAAUUGCGGAAUUUUUCUUUUUUGAAUUGUGUUUUGUGCUUUUGGAGGGGUUUGUUUCCGACGUCGUUUGAUGAAUCUAAUGCGACGAAGAGGAACAGUUUUGGACGAAGAUAAACUUAGGGCAGAGAUUGUAUUGGGAAAAUGGGUAUGGUUUUCCUUAAAAAGUUUUGCAUAAAUUAAUGUUGUACUUUCCGCGUGCUGAGUGAGGUAGUUGGUCUUGUUUUUCAAGCUUGUAGAAGAUACAGAAAUUGAAGUUGUUGAGGAGACGGAUGUGUUCCUGGAAUGGAAUUUUGUGAAUAGGAAUUUACAGACAACCUUUUUGACAA